UUAUGUAGUGUUGACUGCUGUUCUACACGUUAGCACACCCUCCUGAAAAUUCCAGCAACUAAUUGUGAGUUAGUGAUAAGGUAAUUGAAACAAAUGUUAACUGGACGCACAGGCGGUGUAAAAGCUGCUAUUUACAGCAAUAUAUGUAUUUUAUAGAUUUACUGUAAACUGACUUACCUGGGUUUUUUUAUUUUUUAUUUUUUGGUUUUUUGGAUUGAUAUGUGUAGAGGGGUGUGGGGCACAGCCCUCAGAUUCCACCAAUGGACGACGGAGGCGUGGUUCAACUCCCAUUUUCGGGACAAAUUUAAAGCAUCUGGUCCUAUUAUUAAGAUGGAGCACGAAUCAUAUGGGAUCCAGGUAAAUGGUAACAGUGUCCACCAUGUUAACAUGAGCCUCUACCAGGCAAAAAUGAAAAUCAGGAAGCCCAAAUGGAAUAUCAAAGCCUCUGAGAUGUCCAGAAAAACUUUUAACCCUAUCAGGGCUAUCGUGGACAGCAUGAAUGUUGAACCAAACCCAAGCAAAAAUAUGAUAGCGUUGUCUAUAGGUGACCCAACCAUUUUUGGAAAUCUUCCCACUGAUGACAAUGUUCUACAAGCCAUGAAGGAAGCUAUUGAUUCAAAAAGAUUUAAUGGCUACGCACCUGCGAUAGGUUAUCAGAAAAGUCGGGAGGCUGUUUCCAAUUUCUACAGUUGUCCAGAAGCCCCUCUGGCUGCCAAGGAUGUUAUCCUUACAAGCGGAUGCAGUCAGGCCAUUGAGCUGGCGAUUGCUGUGCUGUGCAACCCUGGGCAGAACAUCUUGGUACCCCGCCCAGGGUUCUCUCUGUAUAAAACACUGGCAGUCUCCAUGGGUAUUGAUGUCAAACUGUACAAUUUACUGCCUGAGAAAUCCUGGGAAAUCGAUCUCAAACACCUGGAAUCGCUAAUUGAUGAUAAGACUUGCUGCAUUAUUGUCAACAAUCCUUCUAAUCCCUGUGGGUCGGUCUUCAGCAAAUCACACAUCCAGAAGAUCAUCGCAGUUGCUUCCAGGCACUGUACCCCAAUACUGGCUGAUGAAAUCUAUGCUGAAAUGGUCUUCUCUGGCUGCAAGUACACCUCUGUGGCUUCUCUGAGCACGGAUGUCCCAAUCCUGUCUUGUGGUGGUUUAGCAAAGCGGUGGCUUGUACCUGGAUGGAGACUGGGAUGGAUUCUGAUUCACGACAGAAAAAAUGUAUUUGGCAAUGAGAUAAGGGAAGGCUUAGUCAAGCUAAGCCAGAGAAUUUUGGGGCCGUGCACAAUUGUUCAGGGAGCACUGGAAGCCAUCAUUAAUAAAACGCCUCAAGAAUUUUAUGAUAACACUAUCAGUUUCCUGAAGUCCAAUUCAGACAUAUGUUACACUGCUCUGUCUACAGUUGCUGGCCUCCGACCAAUCAAGCCAUCAGGUGCCAUGUAUCUGAUGGUUGGAAUCAAUAUGGAACACUUUCCAGAGUUUGAGAGUGAUGUGGAUUUCACAGAGAAGUUAAUAGCAGAGCAGUCAGUCUUCUGCCUUCCUGCCACGUGCUUUGAGUUCCCAAACUUCUUCAGGAUCGUGGUGACGGUGUCAGAGGAUAUGAUGUUGGAGGCAUGUACCCGGAUUAAGGAAUUCUGUGAACAGCAUUACCAUCUGCACACAGACAGCAUCAUACAAGACAUAGAGUGUGACAAGUGAAGUGUGUUUAGUGAUGCCACUGCUGGUAACAUGGAACACUUGAUUUUAGUCUCAUUCAACUCACAAACUCAGGAAAUAAUUCAAUAUGAAUUAAUUGUAAAUUUGCAGACAUUAUUUUAAAAUGUUACCUACAACCUUUUAAAAUAAGACCUACCAGGAAAAUGUAAUACUCCAGCUACGAGGAUAGAUUAUAGGCAUCUGCCCAUCUAAAUCUGUAUAGCAACACUUUAGUGAAACAAGUGAGGAACCUGUAAAGCUACUCUGACCUACCAAAAAUAUAUUACACUUUAUACUUGGUGCUGUCCCCAUCUCCCUUGACUUUUGUAAUAACACAUGACUGAGGUGCUUCCUGUACUUGAGCUGAUUGAUUGGUAGAGCAGAUAUUAAAUUGGGAUGGCAUUUUCAUGCCAGGUACAAUUUGGUGUUGAGUUUCUACAUGUUUUGGUAAACAAGAAUUAAGUAACUAUGUUUCAUGAUUCUUACACCUGAUUGGCUGAGCAUUUGGAAGCUAUAAUUUAGGAAUAUCUUGCUCAGUUUUCUUGAAACUAUAAACGGUAAUUAAUUAUGAAGGUAUAUUUUCAUAAUAGUGAUUGCUCUAAUAAUGUAGUUACUGCUGAAAUUCAAAAGCUUUUAAAACACAAUUUGGUCUUACUUUUUAUUGUCACAUUAAACUCUUUCUUGACUAUUCUUUGUAACCUAAAAAAUGCAACUAUUUGUCGAGGUAAUUUAUAUAGCAAAAAAUGAUACUUUAUUUGAAGUGCAGUUAACACAGCUAUUAUUUUGUAUGUUGUAAAUAUGAAUGUUAUUGUUAUUUAACCCUCCUACUUUUAAUAUGAUGGUGCCUUGCCUCAUCAUGGUUUGUACCAAAUAUAUUUUAAAAUGUUUCUGUAUGUUUAUGAACCAACAUCAACAUAAAAAUGCUCUCAUAAAAUAAUGUUACUUAAUACUUGUAUUUUAAGAUAUGUAGAAAUACUAGAACAAAACUAUAAAAUUCUGUGACAAAUGUUUGGACUAGAAGUCUUUACCAAUGAAGAGAUUGUAAAGUCGUCUUUUUAAAAUGCUUUAUCAUGUAUAUCUGUUAGUCACCUGAUUCAACUGUUUACUGCUAUAGUUUAUUCACAGUAAAUGUGUGAAAUUGGUGAGAAUGGCUUUAGUUUGCAUGUGCUGCAUUUUAUUAUUAUUAGAAAUAUAAUUAUAGCAUUUAAUUUUCAGCUUUUAAAUAUAUACUUUUAUUCACUUAACAUUUUUUUUAAACCAGUGUUGCCUGUUGAAAAUGUUAAUCACUGUUUUUAUACCACAGUGCAGUUAUUUACAUAUACAGCACUUGGAUAUGUUUGUUUGCAGUUGUCAGUUCCAAAACAUUAAUAAUAAAAAAUACAUUGAAAUGGA